UCUGGCCACCUCUAGAUUGCCAGACCUAUAAAGGCCCUGGGUUGGCUCCAUGAAGGGAAGCCCAGCUAGGGCCGCCUGGAAGCCACCCACCCAGCGCUGUCCUCACCGCCUCUCCACUCGUGGACAUGAAGCUCAUCGUGGGCAUUGGAGGUGUGACCAAUGGUGGCAAGACAACGCUAACCAACAGCCUACUCAAGGUGCUGCCCAACUGCUGUGUGAUCCACCAGGAUGACUUUUUCAAGCCACAAGACCAAAUAGCAGUUGGGGAAGAUGGCUUCAAGCAGUGGGAUGUGCUAGAGUCGCUGGACAUGGAGGCUAUGCUGAGCACCGUGCAGGCCUGGCUGAGCAACCCUCAGAAGUUCGCUCGUGCCCAUGGGGUCAGCGUCUGGCCUGAAGACACCCACAUCCUCCUGUUAGAUGGCUUCCUACUCUACAGCUACAAGCCCCUGGUGGACUUGUACAGCCGCCGGUACUUCCUGACCAUCCCCUACGAAGAAUGCAAAUGGAGGAGAAGUACACGAAGCUACACAGUCCCCGAUCCUCCCAACUUGUUUGAUGGCCAUGUGUGGCCCAUGUACCAGAAGUAUAAACAAGAGAUGGAAGUGGAUGAAGUGGAAGUGGUCUACCUGGACGGCAUGAAGUCCCGAGAGGAGCUCUUCUACCAGGUCCUGGAAGACAUUCAGAACUCACUCCUGAAUGACUCCUAGGCCUCCGCCACCACCUUGGUUCACCCCUCCAGACUGCAGGGACCCAGACACGGUUGUGGCCACAGAAUAGCCAGGCCUGCGGUGUCCCAGCCAGACACUUCAUGACGGUUUCCCUCUGGGGAGUCUGUGUAGACGUGGGAGAAUGGAGGCCCCACCCCCAGUUCUGUGUCUCAGGGCUCUGGGUCUCAGCCCCAAGCUAUCCUUGUGACCUUCACAUGGCUUGAGUUAUUAAACUGGGUCCUGUUUUUUAA